GUGUGUGGUCGACCUCACGAUGAAGAUUCGAGUUCAAGUCAAUGGCGACUGAUUGAUUUCCUGAAUAGCGCGAAAACUUCAUUGAUUGAUCGGAUCGAAUCGAAUCGAAUCGGCUCUUUACUUCCAUGGUGAUUAGCUUUCUCCACCUGACUAUAUUCGUCUUCCUCGCAUUUCUCUCGGUACCACUACGUCGCUUCCGCGAAUUUCUGAAGAAACCGGAGACACCUCAGCUUCGUAUUCACGUGCCUUCUUCAGUUUCUUCGGCGGCUGAGGAUGAAUCGAGGGGCCGGUCUCUGUGGAAGUACGACGUCUUCCUCAGUUUCAGAGGAACAGACUCUCGGAGAAGUUUCGUCAGCCAUCUCUACGAGGCUCUCACCAAGGAAGGAAUCAAAGCCUUCCACGACGACAGAGAGCUCACGAGAGGCGGUUUCAUCUGGAAAGAACUCGUGAAAGCGAUCGAAGAGUCACGAUUCGCCGUCGUUGUGCUCACCGAGGGAUACGCUACCUCUCGCUGGUGUUUGGAAGAGCUUUCGCUUAUCGUCGACCUCGCUUCGAAGAAACGGCUCGAGUUGAUCCCUGUUUUUCUUGACAUCGAUCCGUCAGAGUUGAAGAGGAGAAACGGCUGGUUCGAGAAAGCUCUAGCGAAACAUGAGCUGAGGUAUGAUCUGGAGACGGUGGGGAGGUGGAGAAAGGCGUUGGCUGAAGUUGGAAAUAUUUCGGGAUGGGAUUCCAAGACCAGGAGCGAGGAAGCAGUGCUUGUACAAGAAGUCGUUCGAGAUCUUUCUAACAGAUUGUUCUCACAGCCAUCCAGCGACGCAGAGGGACUGGUUGGGAUAAUGCCCCACUUGAGAAGCGUGGAAUCUCUCUUAUCCAUGGACUCCGGAGAUGUUCGAAUGGUUGGAAUCUGGGGCAUGGGAGGCAUAGGUAAAUCCACCAUUGCAAAGUUUGUUUGCAAACGCCUCUCAAGUAAGUUCGACGGCGUUUGCUUCCUAGAGAAUGCGAAAACGGAAUUUGAACAGUAUGGUUCAUCGCAUAUGCGACAGAAAGUCUUGAGGGAGAUCCUCCGCAGAAAAGAUCUGAACUCAUGGGACGGUGAUUCUGGCGUCAUGAGGCAACGGCUCCGUGGGAAAAGUAUACUUCUUGUUAUCGACAAUGUUGACAGCGUAGAACAGCUUCAAGAAUUGGUCGGAAGCCUUGAGUGGUUUGGACCGGGGAGCAGGAUCGUUAUAACUACGCGGGACAAGCGUGUGCUGGAGCAGCAUGAUGUGGAAUACAUAUAUGAAGUCAAGCCUCUGAAGACUACCCAAGCACUUAUGCUCUUCAGUAAGCAUGCCUUCAAGCAACCUCGACCACCUAAAGAUUCUGCAGAGCUCUCUAUUGAUAUCGUCAAGCAACUCGAUGGCCUUCCUUUAGCUAUUCGAGUUGCUGGUGCAGCUCUGUAUCGCCGGGACAUUGCAGAUUGGGAAUACUACCUGGACCUGCUGAGAACUAAUGUCAAUAGUUCUGUCUCGAAGGCGUUGAGGGAAAGUUUUGAGGCAUUAAACAAUCAAGAAAAGUUAAUAUUUCUUUACGUUGCCUGUUGUUUCAAUGGAAAGCAUAUGCAUGGCGUCAGCAGGGUGUUAGACCUGUUCAUUGUUUCUGGGCACAUGCCAUUCCGCUCCACGCUGUGUAUCAGAACUCUUAAAGAGAAAUGUCUAAUUAGCAUUUCAACCACACAGAGGCUAUGGGUUCAUGAUGUACUCCAAGAUAUGGCUAGGAGUAUCAUUUGCGAAGGAAAAGAAGAAAACCCAUGGAAACGUAAGAUUCUGUGGAACUUUAUGGACAUCAACAACGUGUUAUGUGAAAACAUGGGAUCUGAAGCAGUUGAAGUUGAGAGUUUACUUCUUGACAUGCCCAAAGGAAAGGAGCUCUGCAUAAGCCCUGCAAUCUUUGAGAGGAUGUACAAUCUAAAGCUGCUAAAAUUUUACAACAAUUCCACUGGUGGAGAGAGUAGUAAGAUAUGCAUGCCUGGCGGCCUUGUCUAUCUCCCUAUGCUGAGAUAUCUUCACUGGCAGGCGUAUAGUCUGAAAUCUUUGCCUUCUCGAUUCUGCACUACAUAUCUAGUUGAACUCAACCUCCCUAACAGUUCGGUUGAAACACUUUGGAAUGGAACUCAGGACCUUGGAAAUUUAAGGCGAAUGAAUUUGAGAGGAUGCAGACGACUACUUGAAGUUCCUAACCUGUCAAAGGCGACAAGUCUUGAGAAAUUAAAUUUGGACAACUGUGAAAGCCUAGUUGAUCUCACUGAUUCUGUUAGACAUCUAAACAACCUCGGGGUACUGGAGCUGAGCGGCUGCAAGAAACUCAAGAACCUCCCAAAUAACAUCAACCUGAGGCUUCUUAGAACUCUACAUCUUGAAGGAUGCUCAAGUCUAGAAGAUUUCCCAUUCCUUUCAGAAAAUGUUAGAAAGAUAACACUUGACGAGACAGCAAUCGAGGAAAUUCCAGCGUCAAUUGAGCGUCUAUCAGAGCUCAAAACUCUGCACUUAUCAGGUUGCAAGAAACUGAAGAAUCUUCCACGUACCAUUAGAAACAUAGAUUCCCUCACAACUCUCUGGCUCUCCAACUGUCCCAACAUCACAUUAUUUCCAGAGGUUGGAGAUAACAUAGAAUCACUAGCGUUGAAGGGAACGGCAAUAGAGGAAGUGCCUGCAACGAUAGGUGACAAAUCAAGACUCUGUUACCUCAACAUGUCCGGGUGCCAAAGGCUUAAGAACCUGCCUCCCACACUGAAGAACUUGACACACCUGAAAUUCCUCUUACUCCGGGGUUGCACCAAUAUCACAGAGCGUCCUGAGACCGCGGGUCGACUAAAAGCGUUAGAUCUGAAUGGGACAUCCAUAAUGGAGGAGACUUCCGGGUCGGUUCAGUCCGACGACGAACCACUUGAUAUGCCUAGAUUGGCUCAAUACAUCCUUCAGUCUGUCAAGGAGCGCAUCAGACACCAGAGGUCCAUGAAGCUAUGAAGGUCCAUGAAAUUGAGUUCCCAAAUAUUGCAGGAGAGAUGAGAAAAUUUGAUUUAUAUGCCUAUCUCUCUGAAGAGGAAGCGCUUGAGUUGCUCAUCGUGAUAUGGACUUGAGUUUCUCACUCGGUAUGUCUGAAAGUACAAGAAAAAACGGAACUCCGGAUGGUUAAUGAUGACUGCUCAGGGAAUUGGAUUAGCGGUCCUGGUGAGUUUCUUUGCAAGAAAGCAUUAAUUGGGAUGAAAAGUAAACGAAGGAAGACGAUCCAGCAGAUGUAGUUACGGACAAGCUAGAGCAGUCACAUAUAGAGCUUAUGUAUUUUGGAGUGCGUAGGUGUUGGAAACAAUACUGAACCUUGAGGGUAGUUUGUCAUUAAUGAAAAACAGAAUUAUAGAAGGAAAAAGUAACAGAUUUCAGAAACAUUAA